UAAGAUCUUAAUUUCGAAAACGGACAACCGGUUAAGUGACGAACAUUGAGACUAUUACUACACACGGUUUCUAUGUGUAUAGCUCGAGGGGUAGAGCACAGGAAUCCUUGAGGUUGGGUGAAGAGGCAAACACUGUAGUAAAGCCGGUUAUGUAGGUCAGCCAUCUCGCUACUGGAUGCAGGUAGUCAUGACUCACCUGUAACUGCGUCCUGAUUUAUAAAAAUACUACUGUGAGUAGUUCGUCAGAUUGUUACUGACUUUUAGUUAUUAUUUAGCUAUUUUUGAGAAUUUUCUUCUAAAGAACUGUAGCUACUAUUUUAAGGAGACAACUGCUGCAUUUAAAAUGGGAAUUUAUUAAGAGUUGAUGCAUAUUUCCUACAUGACAUCGUGUACAUGUACCCACCUACCCACCAUGAAGUCAGUUGACUGGGAUCGCAGGUUAUUAAGUUGUACUCGUCUGUACUUGCCCUGUGAGACCAAGCGUGACAAAGACAGUUUGUUUUGUGCCAAAGAAUGUGUUCUUUCAGAACUACAGGUAAAUCCUGUACCCUCGGGAAUAGUCUUCAAGAGAAUCGUGUUUCAACUUCUUUGUUUUCCUCUACAGGGAUUUAAAUAAGAACUGUGUAGUGUGCGUGCAAGGGUGAUCAAGUAUACUAGUAUGUAACGGACACGUACACAGGAUAGGUACAGGCUGGCGGUGGGGGGUAAUUACUGACCGGGUGACGACCCCGUGACCUAAGGAGAGUGGGGGGAGGGUCGAGUAGCAACUGGAUGUAGGUGCGCAGGUGUGUUUGGAGGGAAGGGGGGCGUGAAGGUCGGGUGAAGAGGCGAGUGGUCAGAGAGGGAGGGGACAGUACAGAGGUGGGAGUACCUUUCAUGGAGAGUGCGAGUGUGUGGUGUAGAGGUUUCGCCAUAGCCUAUCGACUGUCUUUGGAGUAAAACUAUUCAGAACCCACGAAAGUUUUGUGUUUUCUUGUGGAAAGAUUGGGAGAUCGACCGCAUCUAUCCUGCUACUCAACCUACCCAGCAUGCCCAGCUAUGGCGAUUCCCUGUGGCGGAGGAGAACAAGGUUGUGGCCGACCAAGUUGCAACGCUACGUCCGCACACGUCGCUGUCGCAUGCUGCUGCUGUCUGCCGUGUUGCUGCUGUACUUGUUGCCGCUGUCUGUACGCACCAUCAGUCAUGUUGCCAGGACCAUCGUCAUUUCCUGUGAAAGCGAUGGCAAGUCUCUGAGCUUCAGACGAUCUCUGCAGUUUGUCGACAGGGAAUUCGAGACCAGACCAAAGCCUUCGUGCCUCAUGGAAUCAUCCUCAUUAAUGGGCAAAAUUACUAUCGACCCACGGGCCUGGAAGGCAACCUCACGAUGUCCGAAGUGGAGGCAACUCACUCUGACGUUUCUUCUGGCGGAGAGUGGAGUCCCUUGCACUGCUCUGCACGUGAUCGCGUGGCCAUCAUCAUCCCCUACCGCAAUCGUCUGUCGCAGCUGCCAGUACUCUUUCAUUACCUCCUCCCCAUUCUCAAGCAGCAGCUCCUGCACUUCCAGAUUUUCCUAGUUGAGCAACAUGGUGACAAGCUCUUUAACAAAGGGCGCAUCAUGAACGCCGGCUUUCUGGAGGCCAUGAAGAUUUUUCCAGACUUCCGGUGCGCUGUCUUCCAUGACGUCGACCUCCUGCCGGAGGACGACCGAAUCUCCUACAGCUGCCCGGAUAUGCCUCGCCACCUGUCGGUCGGCGUGAACGAAUUUAAGUACAAGCUGCCCUACCCGUUUCUGGUUGGGGGCGUGCUGAACAUGCUCGCAGAACAUUUCGUCACCGUGAACGGGUACUCGAACCAGUUCUGGGGAUGGGGCGGUGAGGACGAUGACAUGGCUUCAGGAUAACAUUCUGGCCUGGAGAUCGACAGGCCAUCAGACGAAAUUGCUCGCUACUACAUGCUGGAGCAUCCUAAAGAGAAGGCCAACGCCUCGAUGCUGGAAAGGAAAUGGUUGAUCCACACCACCUUGACCAGACGGUGUGAGGACGGUCUUAACAGCUUGCGGUACAAAGUGACUUCUCUCAGCAGCUUACCUCUAUUUACCUACAUCAAGAUAGAUGUGGGCGAGAAGGAACAGCUAGUCCUGCCAUGGUGGGGGACAUUGUGGGUGUGGUUUAUGGAGUAGGACUAAACCUCCCUGCAUCCUGCCGCAGCUUUCGUCCCGUCAAUGUCGGUGAUGACUUUGUAGAUGGACUAAGGAGUCAUCUAACACCCGUGUUUGAGUGCAGUCAGGCGGGGAUAAAAUUCAUCUUGCAUAGGAUAAUCUAGUUGCAUUGACUUUGUACAUCACUCUUUAAAUUUGUUUGCUUUUUAUUUAAUUUUUUUGCUUAUUUUGCUUGCUUGUUUUUUGGUGAUUUUUUUUUGUUUUUUUUUUUUUUUUGCCAACUGUCAGCACAAAAGCAUCUCUCUCUCUCUUGAUGGCAAACCAAAUGAACAUAUUUUUGUACUGCACGCGUACUUCUUUUUUUUUUUUUUGUCAUGCCAUUCUUUCAUCACGAAGACUCACGAAAGCUCAAAAUAGCCAAAGUCGCCAUUAUUCUCAUCAUAGUCGUCGCUAUUGUCAUCAUUAUAUUUAUCAUUAUCAUUAACGUCUUCAUCCUAAUCGUCGUGAUAGUUUUCACGGGUACUUUUAUCAAUCCGUCCAUUCCAUCCGUCCACUGUAACUCUUGUGCCUAAAGUUCAUCUAAGUAACCUAAUGUUCGAGCGUGAGUACCCGUAUGCAUGUGGAUAUCAAUGAGAGAGAGAGAGUGUGUGUGUCUCUAAGCUAGGAGCUUCUAGGUCCGGUGGAUCAACAGUUAAGAUCGGGUGUCAUGAACACUGUGAGGAAUUCUGGUGUUGAGGACACGUUGAUCUUUUCUGCAUUUGAUCAGGUCGCCGGAUGCUUGGGGUAAAAGCAUCAAUCCUCCCUCCGACUAUUGUAAAGAAAUUGUCAAUCACCACGGCAAUAUAUCAGCAUUAAUCAUAGUGCAUUGUCUAACUGGGAAAUGAUCAGCAUGUGUGGUCUAAUUAUCAGUGACACCGGAAAUCAAUCAGAGAAUAUGAACUAAUAAUCAUCGAGUGAUAAAUUGUGUGUAAAUGGCGUGUCCUAGUAACCUUCCAGACUGAAAACAUAGAACUGUCCGUAUAAUUUACAGCAAGAAUAUACCAAGCUUAGCCAAUUUUUGCAUGUUUUGAGUACUCCGACUAUCCACCAGACGAAGACCUUCAUUCUUUAUCUUUCUGUGCAAUCUGUUCAAAGAAUUUGACAGACUGAAAACUUCGAUCUUGAUUUUCUCUGUGAGUCAUCUGAGUAAUUUACCAGUGUGGGGCUACACCUCAAAGUCCUCGCUGAACAUCUUUCACGGACAGCCCAACGAAAAGGAAUUUAUUGUCUUUUUUCGUAAAGACUUAUUAUAUUUCUGCACUCAUCAAGCAUUUGGUCCGCAUAGUGUAGUCAUUCCAAACAAUGUUACAUGUUUGAUAUUCUACCUACGCAGGUUUUUAAACUCUUCAUACUGUGCAUGGCAGAUACUCUAGGCACAUCUUUAGAAAUUUAAAUUCUUCUGAUGGUUUUUUUUUUUUCUUUCUGUUUUCGACCGAACGAUGAAUAUUUGAAAUGCCUGUAGUGAUGUUGAGAUUAUGCCAAGCACAUUUCCUUGUUAUUCAGUUCAUUGUCGUUAUUGCGUAACCUGAUAUAGCAAUGGCAAUCGACGAGUGUUAGUUAAGAUUUACGAUCAUUACAUGCUUCGGACCGAAAAGGUCGUCGGAAUCCCUCAUCCGGUAGCCCUGCUUGAUGAAUUGUUUCUUCACUGUCAGGAACACGUGACUUGGCAACUUCAGAACGGAGUUUUCACGUGUUCUGGCUGGCAAAUCUGAAACAAGGAAAGGGCGAAGAUAAUCUUAGUCCCCUUUUUGUUUUCUUGUCCUUUAUCAAUGUCUUCCAUGUCUUUUAGUGUGUGUAGUUCAUCGGCGGGAAGAGAAAGUUGGAAGGAGGCUGGUGGUUACUUUCAAUAAUGUCGUGGACAAGGGGCUCCACUCUAGCUAUUUCGUAGUUCACUGGAUACAUCUAUAAAACAUAGUCGACAUGUCGUAGCAGCGUAGCAACUGUGACGUCCCAGUAAAGACCCCGGAUGCAGUGUGUUCGAGAGGAUGCACACCGUUAGUGUAUCUAUCCUCUUAGUGUACGUAGCGGGUUCAGGUCUGGUGAGUGUCUGACGGAGAGGACGCGUCAAGUUUGAUGGGAUUCAGUGGUGCAACGAUUCUGAAGUUCACUUGUCCAAGAUGUCAUGAGACCGCAGCACAAUGACGCCGAGCUGGCUGACCUGCUGCGGUCAAAGUCAUAAAGGUCAUCUGCCCCUUAUUUUCCCCGCCCCCUUCUUCAUACCCACCAGAUAAAUUCUACCCUCAUCCCCCUAUCUCCUGAGUCCCUAGCCGACGACCGUUUGGGAUAUUUUAGCUUUUAUCGUUGGGUCAUGUCAAUUGACGACUCGUUUGUCACCCAAUCUAUUCAGAUUGUCCGAGGUUUUCAAUGCUAUCUAAACUUCUCAGGUCUGUUUGUUCAGAGUCAGAGGCGAACUUUGACCUAUAGACAGCAAAGGUACAGUUUGCGUGCUUCUUGCCUAAGUCAAGAUGUAAAACAGAGCCUACUACUGAACCCCUCGCGAUGACUCUUCGGGAACUGGUACAGGAGUGUUUGUCGCAUUGUUCAUACGUAACAUGACCGUGAGCUCCGUUCGUCUUCUAAAAAUAUGAAUACCGGCAAAACGUGCAUGCAUAGACUAUACAUACAUGCAAUACAAAUCAUGACAUGAACGACCUAAGAGAGUAUUCUCAAGUAUUAACAAGAAGACAAACGUUGACUCAGUCCAGUCCUGGCCGAGCGUUCUCACUCUCCCUCGCCAAACCUUCGUGCUUACGGGCCGACCUCGGAGGUCAUUAUAGGAUAAAGUACACAGACAACCCUGUUCAACCUAACUCCACACAGUGCAAUCUGUCAGAUAGUCAGCUAUCCUAGUCUGGCUAGCCUUCCCACGACAUCUAAUACCUUCAUUUCAAUUUUUCAUAUUUUAUUUAACCGUUCUGAUAUAUUAUUUUAUCUUGCAUUAACAUGGCAUUUAGGCUUUAAUAGUGGAUUUUGUAAACUUGUAUCUAAUUAAACUGCCGUAAGGCUAGUAUUUUCCAGCCACGCAGCGCAACACUUGUUUAUUUACAACUCAAUUAUUUUUUUUUUCCUACUUAUUAUCUGAAUCUCCCCGACCUAUCUUUGUGGUUACAAUUGAUUGAUGUACCUAGGUUUUGUUCUCAUACUGACAUUCAUUGGAGAAUACAGUAUUAAAUUAGAUGGAAAUCAAAUGUUUGUAACAUUAUGCUUAGUGCUAUCUGGGCAAUAUGCAUUAUUACUUUAAACAUUCCCACUACUGAAUUUUUCAUUGCUCUGUGUGUGUUAGGAGGAGCAGGUAAAUCAGAAAGUAAUCGAGUCACGUGGUUGGUGAGAGAGAUACAAAAGACAGCAACAUUAUACACUAGCACCGGAGGAGAAACUCUUUACUCUAUACCAUCCAUACUUUCUGGUUUGUCUGUGAGAGGAGGACUAGACUGUAUUUUCUCGAGACUAGGAAGUAGGAUUAGAAGUGUAGACGUUAGUUGUACUGAGGGAUGAUUCCCUCCCCUGCUCUGUUACGUCAUGAGUAUGGACGUUAUCGCUUUUUGAACCUUCCUUCUCCUUCCUCUUACCCAGAAUGUGUACAACGAGUGUCCCUUUACUCCUUCUACACCCAACAGGUACCCCGCAGUCCGGAGUUAGCAAACACACCGAGGUAGACAGGCAAACAGACCAGGUCAAACAUCUAAUAGCAAAUCUCUUUUCAUACAAACUAUUGCAAUAGAUAUAUCUACGUUGAAGUUUUCAGUACUGAUUGUGAUAUUGCUUGUGAUGUGUACUUCAACUAUAAUGUGAUUGAUCCUUUCUAUUGUACUAGUUUGCUCAACUUGAAGCGUGAAUCCGAGACAACUUUCUAAUGACGAUCUUGCAACAGAAGAUCGAGAAGAAAAUGUUUUGGAAUACAAAAACCAAGAAAAAUGUU